AUGACUGAUGUUGACGCGACAGCGUUCUCCUGGUAUCGGCGGGCGGUAAUGGCCAAAGGGCACAGGCGAAAGCAACGAGAUGCAGCUGGAUGGACGUCAAGCCCUGUCGUCUGUCUUACGUGCACCACGAUGUGCGCAGCAGCUGUGGGCUCGCUCGUCUUCGCAGGCUUCAGCUUCAACCUUUCGCUGGAGAUGCAACCUGGACUGGUCGUAGCGGGGGACAUGGCUGCGCAGGCAUCUUUGACUUCGCAGACAACCCAGUCAACUUCUCUACAUGCUGGGCUAGCUCAUGUACAGUCGACUACGUCUGAAGCAAGCCUGGCGCCAAUGACUUCGGAAGAGUUCAAGGACAAACUGCAGCCGAAAGACAACAGUCAGAAGUGCACCAAGAUUGCGUUUCUUCGAAUUCAGAAGACAGCUUCCACGACGUUCGGGCAAGAGAUUAUGUCGAAGAUGUGUGGGCAGAGCCGACAGACCUGCACGCGAAGCUGGGACAGGUGCGCACGAGGCAUGUCCAAGUGCUCUCUGCCGCUCGGGUUUUAUCACUUGGAAUAUGGCUACGCACAUGAGUUUGUGAGUGGGCCUGGACGUGGGUGCGUCGUGACAUUCCUUCGUGACCCGGUUGAGAGGAUCAUGUCUGAGUACUUUAUGCUCCGAGAGAAGCAUCGCCAAUUCCUUACUUUUGACCAGUGGGAUGUCCAUGCCGCUGACCUCGCGGAUCUCGAUGCUAUUCUUGGCAUCAAGGAUGUCCAUCAGUCCUUUCACGAGUACUUGCAGCAUCCCGGGAAUCCAGCGCGAAACAGGCAGACGUUGUACCUACUGGGAUUCCACCGCGUGCAGUGCAACUCAACACGGUGCGGAGGAGAUGCAUGUAUCUGUGAACAGGAUGACGCUGGCUAUCCUUCGAAGGCAUACAAAUGGGAUCAAGAUGGACCUGCACUACUGGAGAAGGCCAAGCAGCACUUGCUUGCGUUGGAUGCUUUUGGCAUAACAGACUGCUUCGACGAAUCCAUCAAGGUGAUAGCGCCCGCCCUGGGGUGGAACACUGAGGCAGCCCUUGAUCUUGCCAAGAACAACCACGCACUUCACGUGUGGCGGCCCGUCAUGGAGAAGGCACGCCAAAUUCGACCAUUGGGCAGUGCUGCUCUGCAAGGGCACCGACGUUUGAGUUUCAACGGGCCCGGCAGCAACUUCUGGCGCGAGUUCCUUCAUGAUGAUGCUUCCCGGCACAGGGUGGCACAACGUUGA